AUGAGCGGGCGGGAGCGUAUCGCUCAAGCCGGACCGAGCAAUCCCAGUCGGCAGCCCAAACCAGCCACCAGCUGGUCGCUGUCCCUCUUUGGUGGACGACAGACCAAACCAUCAUCCAACCCAUCUGGUCUCGGGUGGAGUCGACCUGGCGCCUCGUCCUCUGCGCGUCAUCGGGACGAGCGAGAAUCUUUGCUCCCGUCUCCGAGCGCGGACGACUUUGACGAUUCGGAUGCCAUCUCGUUGCUCUCCAACAUUGCGGAUCGUGAUUCGCGCCGGGGUGGUAGCGGAUCGGCUGCCGCGCGUCGUCGUGCGCGUGCGAGGGCCAGAGCACAAGGUCGAACAUGCGGAACAUUCUGGCUGGACGUCGAAGAGUGGAUCCCAGCGCUAUCGUGCGGGCUGCUCGGCAGGACGAGCACCUCAGAAGGUGAAGGGAGGAGACAACGCGCUGCGUCGAUUGGCAGCGUCAUGAGUCGCGGCAGACGCAGUCAGGCAGACGAGGAGGCCGUCGCGGCAUUGACACAUCAGCGAUCGGUCAGCGAUGCGAGCCUCGAUAGUAUCGCUGGCAGUCUGGCCGGGUCCGGAUUUGCGGAGAGCGUCGACGAUGAUGCGGGUAUGCUGGAUGAUGUGGACAUUGCGAGGUUUGGUCAGCCGAUAGCCACGCAUCAACACGACCACGAGUCCCCAGCUCAAUCUCAGGCGGCAGCAGAAGACGAAGCACUACUCAAAGCGGAAGCAGAAGCAGCUGAGGCGAACGCACAAGCAGAACGUCAAAGAGCACUCGAAGCUGAGGCCGCGCGACUGCAGCAGGAAGCCGAAGCAGAAGCGCAACGACAGAAAGACGAAGAAGCGAGGCUCGCGGCAGAAGAGGAAGCUGCCAUCGCCAAAGCGCGUCGCAAGGCCGAGCGCAAAGCUGCCAAAGCGGGGCUGUUGAAGCUGCAACAGGAGAACAAGGCAGCGCAGGGAUGGAGAACCGAGGCUGAGGCAGAAGCUGCUGCUGGCGGGUUUGGGCUUGCUGAUGCGGAGGAGGACGAGUCGUACGAUCACGACGCAGCCGAGGAACACUUCGACUACCAGGAUGCGGAUGAGGAGAUGCACGGCGGCGAGUACGAGCAGUAUGGCGAUGCCGAGGAAGGCGCGGAUGGGUACUACGCGACGGUGCAAGAGCAAGGACCGGCUGGAGUUGUAGUUCACCACCACUACUAUCACGCUACCCCGCCAGCCGAGGAGGAGGAAGAAGUGUUCGUCUACCAGCCCUCGCUGCCCGCUCAGCAGGAUCGCAGUCCAGUCAAGGAGGUGGUCGAGGAAGACGAACCUGACAUCGCGGGGCUCUCCUUUGGCCGCAAGGCGUCUCGAUCGCGACACCACGACAGCAGUGCAGGUAGUCGCUCUGGAAGUGGGCUCACGCCACGCGGUCUGCCCAGCUCUUCCUCGAGCAAUAGCAUCACCCGCCCCACCUAUCGCGAUCGACCCCGUCGAGGCUCUAAGUCGUCCAACUCCUCCUCCGGCAUCUUUUCCUAUCAGUCGUCCAACGCUCUGCACCCAAACGCACCGUCGACGGUGGCGACGAGCGUCACUUCGCCGCUGGGUCGCGAGUCGGAAGAGGUGUACACCCCCGCAGCGGGGCUGGAAGGCACGAAGGGUGGCGCAGCGCACGAGGUCGAGGGUGCCCAGUUCGGAAAGGCCGAUGUGGACGCGAACGAGUUCGGCGUCAUCACAGCAGGUAGCGACAGGGGUGGUGCGGGGCGGGUCAAGAAGAGUUGGCGCGAGAAGCGCGCCCGCAGUCAGGUGGUCCCCGACGAGGACGGGGAGCGAUUCGAAGGGUUUCCUGGCUUCUAA